AUUGAAAGCUGGAUGCGACUUAGUCAAAUAAAUCCAGGGCGUCAAUCAGUCUGAUAUUGUGGUCGCUAAUCCAGAUUGUCCUUGUAGAGUCGCUUUGGAAUCCUCGCGGUGUAAAGUUGGUCUUUUCUUGUUCUUGUCUUUUCCCGAGUCACCCCCGCAGAUCUGAAUGGAGGACAUAUCAUCUUCCGGCGAAGAAAUCAGCAUGAAAGCGAUCUCAAAAGUGAUUGGAGUGCCCGAUAUUCGAGAUGGGCCCACUCUCACAAAAUGCAUAGUUGCUGAGUUCGUAGGGACUUUGCUGUUAGUACUCAUAGGAUGCAUGUCGGUAGCAUUUGUCCAUCAGGACAACUUCGUUGACGUUGUGAAAAUUGCCAUGGCUUUCGGGCUCAUUAUCGCCUCUAUGGUCCAGGCAAUAGGUCACGUUAGUGGUUGUCACAUCAAUCCGGCUGUAACUUGUGGACUAGCUGUGUCGGGACAUGUUAGCAUAAUAAAAGGUAUGCUGUACAUUGUCGCACAAUGCCUUGGAGCCAUCUGUGGAGCAAUCAUUCUGAAUGAAAUCACGCCAAAAACAGGUUACACGGCUGCUGGUAAUCUGGGAGUAACGACACUGUCUACAGGAGUUUCCGACCUGCAGGGUGUGGCGAUAGAAGCACUAAUCACAUUUGUGCUGCUUUUAGUUGUCCAGUCCGUCUGCGAUGGGAAGCGGACCGACAUCAAAGGAUCUAUCGGCGUUGCGAUAGGAUUCGCAAUUGCUUGCUGCCAUCUCGCCGCGAUCAAGUACACCGGUGCUAGUAUGAACCCUGCUCGAUCAUUAGGCCCUGCAUUCGUCAGUGGAAUUUGGGACAAACAUUGGGUGUACUGGGCCGGUCCAAUACUCGGUGGAGUCACUGCCAGUCUGCUUUACGCCAUCACUUUCAAAGCCAAAAAAAGAUCGGAUGAGAGCUCUUAUGAUUUCUGACUCUGAAAACAACCUAACGAUAGGAGCUAUCUUCCAUGUAAAUUCUCAAUAAUCUCUUGUUAAUUUCGCGCACUUUGUUAACCUUUGCGUGUGGAGUAUACUCCUUCGUCUGUUCCCGCAUGCACAUUUUUAAAAAUAAAGUCAUCGUUGUUUUUAGA